AUGGCGUACUCCACGGUGCGGAGGGUGGCGCUGGCCUCGGGGCUCGUCCUGGCUGUGUCUCUGCUGCUGCCCAAGGCCUUCCUGUCGCGCGGAAAGCGGCAGGAGCCACCGCCGGCGCCCGAAGGGAAGUUGGGUCGAUUUCCACCUAUGAUGCAUCAUCACCAGGCACCCUCAGAUGGCCAGACCCCUGGGGCUCGUUUCCAGAGGUCUCACCUUGCAGAGGCCUUUGCAAAGGCCAAAGGAUCAGGUGGAGGCACUGGAGGAGGAGGUAGUGGAAGAGGCCUGAUGGGGCAGAUUAUUCCAAUCUAUGGUUUUGGGAUUUUUUUGUAUAUACUGUACAUUCUAUUUAAGCUCUCAAAGGGGAAAAGUACUGCAGAGGAUCGGAAGUGCUCUACUGCCACACCUGGAAACACCCACAGGAAAAUUACCAAUUUUGAGCUUGUUCAGCUGCAAGAAAAACUGAAGGAGACAGAGGAAGCCAUGGAAAAACUAAUCAACAGAGUGGGGCCUAAUGGUGAGAGAGUCCAGACAGAUCACAGUGAUGUUUGUGUUCACUGCCUAGGAGUAUUUACCACUAACUGCCUGGAUUGUCUGCUGUUUCUAAGCAGAGCACAGACUGUGACUUCUGACCAAGAAAAACAAUUGCUGCAUCAGCUCCGAGAAAUUACCAGGGUCAUGAAAGAAGGAAAAUUCAUUGACAGACCCACUCCAGAGAAAGAAGCUGAAGAGGCUCCUUACAUGGAGGACUGGGAAGGUUACCCUGAAGAGACUUAUCCAAUUUAUGACCUUUCAGAUUGCAUCAAGCGUAGGCAACAAACAAUCCUGGUGGAUUACCCUGGCCCAAAAGAGCCGUCUGCUGAAGAAAUAGCUGAAAGAAUGGGAGCGCUAGAAGAAGCAGGAUCAGACCAUUUGGGGUGGGAAAUGCCUACUGACCCCAGAGCUCAGGAAGAUAAUUCUGUUACCUCAUGUGACCCAGAGCCAGAAACAUGUCCCUGCUGUUUUCAUGAAGAAGAGGAUCCUGCUGUCUUGGCAGAGAAUGCUGGAUUUGGUGCAGACAGUUACAGUGAGCAAGAGGAACCCACCAAAGAAGUGUGGCCCCACGACUUGAGAGAUGACGGGUUGGCCAUCCGUGCUGAUAGAGCAGAUCCGGAUGGCACGCUGAGGAAGCGGAACCCCCAGGGUUUAGAGUGCAGACAGCCAGUUUGGUGAGGUACCCAUUACUCUAGUCCCAAGGUGACCUUUCUCUCCUCUCUGAUUUCAUCCUUGGCCCUGUGCCCUGUACUUCCAUUCUCUGUUUUUAAACAUCAUAGCCAAUCAGGCCACUACCGUGGAUAUCAUGUAUCCUUCCUGGUGCUUACACACCUGUCACCUUGUAAAACAUCAUAGAAACCAGUAUGAACACAGGACAGCUUCCCUCUUUCUCUUCCUGCCUUUCCUCCAUCACAGUUGAUCCAGUGAGUAAUUGUCCACCUAUUGUAAUUACAGAUGGGACCACUCUGGGUAGAGGUCUGACUCUUCGUGUUAGGAGUAACAGAUGGGUUUCCUGUGAAUGAACAUCAGAUUACACAUGAUGAGGACUUCAGAUUUUAAGAGUGAAGAUUUCAGAGUCCAAAAUGCCUUAUUCUGUGGGCCUUGAGCAGGUUAGUGGUCUUCUGAGUUCAAAAAGAAAACCUUUUGUUUGUGGGGAUGGUGGGGCCAGAGCAGAAUAAGACUCUGCUGUCUGAGCUGGAGCCCCUUCCUCACAGUGGGGGACUUUGUAGGAGCACCAAGGCUGCUUCAGAUCUUCACUUUCCUCCAGAGCAGAAGACGCCCCCUGCCCUGAGAACGAGCCUAGAGGAUUACUGGGGGACGGUUUUGCUCUCGUAUUGCCUGGAUCUCUAGCUUCCUUUAUCCCUGUUCUGCUUAACAGAACUGCCAAACGUAGAAGCACCUUUGUACCUGUGAUCUUCAGUGGCCAGAGGAAGCUUGAGAUAGAGACUUUAGUCCUUGCCCAGCAGAGCCAAGGUUUGAAGCUGUUAUGGUUUCAGGAAAGUCUGCCGAAGGGUGGUGGUCCUGCCAUGAGAUGCUCGGAAGGCCAGGGAGCUGGUGACAGGGAGAGACCCCGUGUGCUUACAGGCAGUCCUUGCUUAGAUGCUGUUUCUGAAUGUUGUGCCCCCUGGGAAAUUUGUUCUCACAACAAAUUGAAUUGAACAGAAACGAGGAAGACUAAGCUUGUCGACCAAGUGCCAGCCCAGCAGGGAAGCUGCAGGGACCCAAUACAGCAGUGCCUGGGAAGGGAUCAUUCAUUCCAUAUUUGGAUAUCUGAGUCUACUGAGAAAGCUUGGGCACAGUAGGAGCUAGGUUAGGACUGGGAGGAUUUUGACCAAAGCAAAAGCCUAAUCUCUGAGCUGCCACCUGUCAUGUGUCUCCUUGAGGUAAGAUGUAUUCUGUCUAGUAAGCAUGAGUGAAUUCAGUUUAUAGCUAAGACCUGAGUUUAAAGAGGACACAUUCCCGAGGACAUUCCCAGUCAUGAAAUGUGGAAGACUUGAAAAUUAAGAAAUCAUGUAAAGGUAGACUUGGCUUUUAGAGUUCCACUGUGCCUGAGUAAGAGGCCAGGAAAAUUGUUUAAUCACUAUUAAAUCACAUAUAAGCAUACACACUGCUGUCACUGGUACAGGAUCAUAUUAAGAUAAUAUGUCAGCUACCACUAUGCAUUUCUUGUUAAUGACUUCAGAGAAAAGUCAUUGAAGACUGAGUCUAUAGAAAGCAUAUUAUAUCUGUUUCUGUGUGGAACAUUUCAUUCACUUGUAAAGAAUGCAGUUUAAAAUAUACUGAAAACAAUCUAGAUGUAAUGUAAUGCUGAAGGUAAAAAAAAAAUG